UUGUCAGAACCAUGGCCAGAGCGCUGAGAGGCAGUGAACGUUAGUCGUCUGUCGAACGUUAGUUCGGCCGCAGAGUAGGACGGAGACGCUCAAGCCGAGAAGUGUUUGCGGCCAACAUUUCCCCAAGCCAAUGUUAGCUUUCGGAUAGUGCCGUUUGCUAGACUCUGGCUUGUCGGGGGCCAGCUAUCCGUUGACCUGCUUGUGUUCUGCGGUGGAAAUAGCAAAAAUGUCGUCUCCAAGUCCGGGUAAAAGGCGAAUGGACACCGACGUGGUGAAACUCAUCGAAAGCAAACAUGAAGUCACCAUCCUCAGUGGGCUCAACGAGUUUGUAGUGAAGUUUUUCGGACCACAGGAAACGCUGUACGAGGGCGGCGUGUGGAAGGUUCGAGUGGAUCUGCCCGACAAAUACCCUUUCAAAUCGCCAUCAAUAGGAUUCAUGAACAAGAUAUUUCAUCCCAACAUCGAUGAAGCGUCAGGAACAGUGUGUUUAGAUGUCAUUAACCAGACGUGGACAGCUCUUUAUGAUCUGACCAACAUCUUUGAGUCGUUCCUGCCCCAACUUCUGGCCUACCCCAACCCCAUCGACCCUUUGAAUGGAGACGCGGCCGCCAUGUACCUGCACAGGCCAGAGGAGUACAAGCAGAAAAUCAAAGAGUACAUCCAGAAAUAUGCAACAGAGGAGGCACUAAAGGAACAAGAGGAAGGAGCGGGCGACUCCUCGUCCGAAAGUUCCAUGUCCGACUUCUCCGAGGACGAGGCCCAGGAUAUGGAGUUGUAGUGGUGGAUGUCCUCCUCCUCCUGCAAACCCCCAUUCCUCUCCCCACAGAGACUAUAUUUGUUUCCUAACCCAUGACAAAGCAGACUUAUAAUCAUAUUUAAACACAUGGAUUUUUUUUUAUUAUUAUUAUUAUUGUUACUAAACAAAGAUUUUUAUUAAUAUCUAGCCCCCUCCUCCUGUCCCUUCCCGGCAUAUCCUCCUCAUACUCGCCAUUAUUUUUUUUUUUUUUUCCGUGUGUGUGUGUGUGUGUGUCAAAGAGGUUUUGGCGCCCCCUGCUUCAAGCAAAGACAGUAUUUGAACAAGAGACGCACAAUCACGCACAGGGUAUGUCGCUUCGCUCACGGACCGAUGCGAUCUCGCUUUUGGACGCCGGCUCGGCAGUUACUCUUUUCUUUUUUUUAACCUGAACAAACAAGCGUGAUGUGAUAACUCGCUUCGGAUUCGCACUUCUGGUUCUCCCUUAUUAAUUUUCCUCAACGCAGGAAGGAAGGAGUCGAGAUGUUUGGAUUUUUUUUUUCUUCACUUUUGUGCGUCUACAGUACCAAACAUGGCAGUCGAAGUGCUCGGAGAGGACCUCGCAAUGUAUUCCCCCUCCGAGAAUGCAGUAGUGUGGAUCCCAGCUCAACUCCCCUCCUCUGUGCCUCGUCAACAGCAACAGUAACAACAACAAAAAAGGCGAUCAAGACAAAAAAAAAAAAAAGCACAUUUGGUACUCCUCUUCCUCUCUGGACAAUCUACACUUAGAUGGAUAUAGUUAGUUUUGGGUUGCAAGUCCUACAAAUAGCUAGCAUUCAUAUGGCUUUAGUCUGACUUUUUAGUUAGUUGACGUCCGUUGUGUGAUAUGUAUAAGAUGCUUCAUUUGUAAAGAUGUUUACUAGCGUAGUCCAUCCCAAACAAGAGGCACAUGGAAAACUGGCACCACGUCCCCGGUUUGUUUUGCAUCGCCGGUACAUUUAAACAAGUUCAUCGUAGCAGGAUGCAGGAUUUUUUGUACUUUUUGGAUCCACGCCCACUCAGGAUAACACGAAAAGGUGUAUGCAGAUUCCCAGUUUUCCCAUUUUCUCUGGAAACGGGCGACAAAUGUUCUUACCCCCCCCUUUACCUUUUUCUUUCAUUCUUAAUCCUAAUCACCAAGCAGCAAUGUUAUGAACUCCAUGAGUAACAAUCCCCCUUCCACCCAUUGAAGAGAGUUUUUUGUUUGAAAAGUAAUCCAGAUUGGAAUUCUUGCUUUUUACCUUUGUGCAGUAUUUUGCUGGAACUCUGUAAUCCCAUUUUAAGAUUGUUGGAUGGGAAAAAAGUGAGAGAAGUGACCCAAAAUUGUAACUGGCAAUCUUUAUAAAACAAACUGCUCUCUUUUUGUUAAAUUCCUACUGUAGUUUUAAUAUAAGCAUUGUGCACCUGCUGAGUAAUAACAGUGUAUCACAAAAGUGAGUACACCCCUCGCAUUUCUGCACAUAUUUAGGUAUAUGUUUUCAUGGGACAACACUGACAAAAUGACACUUUGACACAAAAGUAGUCUGUGUGCAGCUUAUAUAAUUAUUUUCCCCUCAACUCAAAAUAUGGCCAUUAAAAACUAAACCCCUGGCAACAAAAGUGAGUAUACCCCUUAGAAACUACGUACAUCCCUAAAUGUCCAAAUUGAAUACUGCUUGUCAUUUUAUGUGACAUUUUGGAGGGAAAUCUUUUCAUGGGACAACACUCACAAAGUGACACUUUCUGACACAAUGAAAAGUAGUCUGUGUGCAGCUUAUAUAAUAGAGUGAAUUUAUUUUCCCCUCAAAAUAACUUAAAAUAUAGCCAUUAAUAUCCAAACCCCUGGCAACAAAAGGGAGUACACCCCUAGAAACUACAUUCCUAAUUGCCCAAAUUAAGUACUGCUAGUCAUUUUGUGACAUUUUGGAGGGGAAAUGACAAGCAGUACUCAAUUUGGACAUUUAGGAAUGUAGUUUCUACAUUCCUAAUUGUCCUAAUUUGGACAUUUAGGAAUGUAGUUUCUACAUUCCUAAUUGUCCAAAUUAAGUACUGCUAGUCAUUUUGUGACAUUUUGGAGGGAAAAUGACAAGCAGUACUCAAUUUGGACAUUUAGGAAUGUAGUUU